AUGAAAUUUAAUGUUUCAGGGAUAAGCGAGUCGCGGGUAGUUCUGGAAUUGCCAAAGUUUCCUUCUCCAGUUCGUCCUGGUGGUGAGGUGGAAUUACGGUGCCACGUGGAUGGCUCCGGUGAAAUGAGAUACGAGUGGUUUAAGAAUACUAAAAGCUUGAUGACAAACGAGCACAUAAAAGUGAAGAGCAAAAAGAAACUGCACAUCCAGAACGUGAGCACAAAAGACAAUGGGGUGUAUUCAUGCCUGGCGCGAAAUGAAGCCGGAUCCUCGCCUAUAAAAGAAAGUUAUCCGCUGGUAGUGCCCGAGAACGAGACGGCUACGAUAAAAGUUGUCCCGCAGAAUGUGAUUGUCAAACGCGGUGAGCAGGCGUCAAUGCACUGCGUCUACGAGAAUGCCGAUUCCGUCGAGUGGUAUUUUAAAGAAAUCGGACCACUCGCCGACGAGGACGACGAAAGAAUGGCUUUUGAAAAUGGUACCCUGGUUAUUCGCGCCGCUGAGCACCGGGAUCAAGGUGUCUAUGCUUGUCACGACUUACACAACCUAUCAGACGCAUCAUUAGAGCCAUCGUUACCAGACCAAAUAGCAGUAGUAGGCCAAGACCAAGAGCUCCAAGUGAGUUGCCUCGAGCCCGCAGGAUUGCCAGGACCCCGCGUAUUUUGGCGCGACCCGCGAGGUCACUUGAUAAGCGACGCGGGGCCCGUUCGGGUGCAAGAAAACACUCUUCUGAUCGCGAAGGCCCGAGUGUCUGAAGACGGAGGCAAUUACACAUGCAUCGCGGAAAAUUUGGCGGGUACCAGCGAGAUAGUAGUCCAAGUGAUAGUUUCGACUCCCUCAACACUAACGAGCUCUCCGGAGUCGCUCUCAGUGAUGGAAGGCGAUCCUGCGACUCUGAUGUGUUCCUACACCGGGAUGGAAGCGCCGGUGACUCACGCCCAGUGGGUGAAAGACGGAGAGCCCCUGAAAGAGACCGGGGGACCCAGUAGACAUCGCGUCACCGACCGGCAUGGAAACGUCACUCUUCACUACCGAUCAACGUCGCUCGCCGACAAGGGAAGUUACGCUUGCGAGAUCCACACCAAAGGAUUCCCCGCGCUCAGGUCCAAGUCCGCGACGCUCAACGUCAAGGAAAAGCUAAAGUUUUCACCGCCCCCCGUCGACAAGAAACUCGAACUUAAUUCGACGACAAAAGUCUACUGCAAGGCGCAAGGCGCCACCAACCCCACUGUCAGGUGGAUAAAGGAACACGAGGGAGAAAAGUUUCCAGAUCACGUUCAGGACAUUAAUGGUACGCUCCACUUUAAUGGCGUCCUCGAAACAGACAGAGGUCGUUAUAUAUGCAUUGCCUCCAACGCUCAGGGCUCCAUCAAUCACACCAUACAGAUUGAAGUUGUCAUUGCUCCAAAAUUCACGGAACUGCCUCAGAACCCAACAGAAGCCAUGGAAGGGUACCCAGUGAUGUUGCAUUGUGCGGCAGAAGGCGAUCCAACGCCACAAAUCCACUGGGAUAAAGACUCGACGCUAAAUAAUCUCGAUGAUCCUCGAUUACAGGUUUUAGCAAAUGGAAGUUUGUACAUCAAAGAGGCUUACCUCAGCGACGAAGGAAAAUAUGGCUGCACAGCGGCCGGCGAUGGAUACAGAUCAGAUAUGGACGUAGAAAACUACGACGGCUCGAUGAUGACUAAAACAGUAACAAUAACACUAGGUGUUGCUGGCGCCUAUAUGAUUCUUGUCAUUGGACUGAUGCUUUACUGCCGCUAUAGGCGUCGCCGUAGGAAGCAGCAGUAUUUGCAAGAACAGGGUGAAGAAAAACUGGAGAACGGCGACAUCCAUGAGGAGCAAACGGAGCUAAAAGAGAUGAACCCGAAGCAAAAUGGCGAGCAAAUGAAUUAA